AUGGGGGAAGAGAGUGCGACUGACGCAUCUUUCCGCAAACGUUACGAAGAUAUCUGCGACCUCCGUGACGAAGACCGUCUUGAUGAGUUCGUUGAAAAGGCGAAGGAGCUUCUGAGAGAAUCGCACCUACCUCGCUACUACCGCAUUAGGACGUUGAUCCUGACGGGGUCCACUGUCGGCAACUGGCACGAUGCCAUGAGAUACUGGAAGGACGCAGAGAAUCUGUGGCGGUUCGUCAGGCGCCGGUACCCCGACGGCGAAGAAGAGUCCAUCGACCGUCCCAUGAGAGCCAUUCGCGAAGACCUCGACGAGCUCAGGACGGUGCUCGACGAAGAGAAGCCAACUGACGAGGAGGAGGGAGAUGAAGCGGCUCAAGCGAAGCUGGAAGGGAUCGGAGCCGAUAUGGACACGAAGCAUGCGGAAGACGUGGCGCGAGCUGCGGAGGAGAGCGACGAUCCGGAAGAGUGUCUGGAGGCGGAUGCGCUUGUCCUUGGAAAGACCGUGGAGGAGCUCCGUGCCGUCGAGGCUCAAAAGCCAUUCUACACGAAGGCAAGUCCCCUGGAGUCGCAAGGCGGACGUUAA